UCUAAGGCAGAGGAGGGCUUAUCUGCCUUAGCCGUUCUCUUUUAAAAAUGGCGUUUCAAGAUUUCGACGAAAUCACGGAACGCCGAAGAGCCGCGAAAGAGCAGAAGUUCAAGAGGAGGGUACUCACCAUCAGCAUCGUCUCCGGCGUCGCCCUCCUCGCCCUUAUCGGGGCGGGAUUCUUCGCCCUCGUCUCGCAUGCGGAGCGCCACGGCCAAUUAGAUGCCGCCACCGCCACCGCAGCCGCUGUUCCGCCCGGUAACACAGACUCCCAAGCCCACAAGAUCGUCAAGGUCAUAUGCAACGCCACGGAUUACCGGGAGAAGUGCGAGGUCGCCCUGCGGAACCAGACCGCUGCCUCGCCAAGGGAUUUACUCAAGGCGGCGAUCGUCGCCGCGAAGGACGAGCUCCGCAGGGACUUCAACAAGACGAGCUCGCUCAAGUUCAACAGCCCUCAAGAAAAAGCCGCGUACGAGGACUGCGAGGGCUUGGUGGAAGACGCCUUGGAUGAGCUCGACGCCUCCGUUUCCACCGUCGGAAACAACUCUCCGGGGACUCUUUCGACGAAAACCCCCGACCUUAAUAGCUGGUUGAGCGCCGUCAUAUCCUACCAGCAGACCUGCGUCGAUGGAUUUCCGGAGGGAUCAAAAUUGAAGGCCGAUUUGGCCAGACUAUUCAAGGCCUCUAAGGAGUUCACCAGCAACUCGCUCGCGCUGGUUACCGAGAUCUCCUCGCUUCUUUCGGCGUUCCAGUUGUCGGGUGCAACAGAAUUAACGGCCCGUCACCUGGCGGAAAUAGCGGCGGCGCCCUCGCCCGCAAGAGAGCCGACACCGGUAUCGAACGGUCCGUCUUUGGAUGAUUACGGAUUCCCGGACUGGAUGGAAGAAGAUGAUCGGAGAAUGCUUAAGGUGGACUACGAUAAGCUAACGCCGAACGUGACGGUGGCUAAGGACGGCAGCGGGCAGUUCACGACGAUCAACGAAGCUAUUGUAGCCAUUCCCGCGAAAUACGACGGACGGUAUGUGAUCUAUGUGAAAGAAGGAAUUUACGAGGAGACUGUGAUCGUGACGAAAAAGAUGUUAAAUGUCACCAUGUAUGGUGAUGGGUCACAAAAGAGUAUUAUCACCGGAAGCAAAAAUUUUGUAGAUGGAGUUAGGACGUUCCAAACUGCUACAUUUGUUGCUCAAGGAGACGGUUUCAUCGGCAGAGCAAUGGGAUUCCGGAACACGGCAGGCCCCGAGAAGCACCAAGCAGUGGCGGCCCGCAUCCAGUCCGACCGCGCCAUCUUCGUCAACUGCCGGUUCGAGGGAUACCAGGACACUCUCUACGCGCAGGCCCACCGCCAGUUCUACCGCAGCUGCGUCAUCGCCGGCACGGUCGACUUCAUCUUCGGCGACGCCGCCUCCGUCUUCCAGAACUGCAUGAUCGUGGUGCGGAAGCCGCUCGACAACCAGCAGAACAUCGUCACGGCGCAGGGCCGCACCGACAAGCAGCAGACGACGGGCAUCGUCCUCCACAACUGCCGCAUCCUCGCCGACCGCAAGCUCGAGCCCGUCAAGGACCGCAUUAGGAGCUACCUCGGAAGGCCCUGGAAGGAAUACUCCAGAACCAUUGUGAUGGAGUCCACAAUACAUGAUGUUAUUCACCCCGAUGGGUGGUUGCCGUGGCAAGGAGACUUUGCGCUCAACACUCUCUACUACGCGGAAUAUAACAACAAAGGACCCGGCGCUAAGGUUGAUAAAAGAGUUCAUUGGCCUGGCUAUAAGAGCGUCAUUACUAGAGAAGAGGCUUUGCAAUAUACGGUGCAGAAUUUCUUGCAAGGGGAUUGGGUAACUGUCAAAGGUGUUCCUGUUCGUGACACCCUUUAUGAAUAAAAAGAGAUUUAACUUUUGUGGAUUUGGGCUUGGGGGGGUUUUAUUCAGAGAUCGUGUGUUUUUGAAACUGAAGGCUAAUGAGAGUUCAGGGUUUUUCAGUUGAAGUUGUGCGACAUA